AUGGAUCUGCUCGAUGAAGAGGAGUACCUCUACAAUCCAUACAACACUGCGGGAGGACAGUCUGACGAAGACCCUGACGACGACGACGAUGGUGGUCUGACCACUGAGGAUGAGUACACAGGAAAAGCUGCGCUGAAUCCUGCGAACUCCAUAUUCUCAUUGCAAAAUUCGUCUUGGAAGGCAAAGCAGUAUGGAGGAGCUAAGAUCAAGCAUGUCGCAUCUGCCGGCCAGGUCCUUUACCUGGCGACUGAUCGCGGCCGCCUCGUGCGGUGGAACCUGUUGAACGGAGAGGAGCAUGAGAUUGUCAUUGACAAGGGUCGGAACGACAUCAUCUUCAAGGUUCAUGUGGAUCCGUCCGGGUCGCACUUGAUCGUCGGGGGCAACCAGGGAGAGAACUGGUACAUCCAGGCCUCCCGCAACCUGCGGCCAAAGCUGCUGUUGAUGGCGAAGGGAGCGAGGAUAGAGUCGGUGUGCUGGGACAGGGAGAACGGAGAUGACGUCAGUACGGGUGUGAUCAUGGUGGGCACAAGCACUGGCUGCAUCUUCAAGGCAAGCAUCCUAGACGGGAAGGAGAAGUACUGGAAGGAAAUCUUCAGCUUGCGCGAUGCCGGGCAGCCGAUCUGUGGGCUGCAGUGCGAGAUCUUCCCUCCCUCCGCCAAGUCGGUGAGCGAGAGCACGAGAAGGUACUUCGUCAUGGCAGCGACCCCGACAAGGUACUACGAGUUUAUCGGAGGCCCCACAUUCGAUGCUCUCUUCGCUCAGUACACCUCGGCGCCAGCCUUCAUCGAGCUCCCAGGAGACCUCGAUUACAGCGAGCUCCACUUCUUCCGCAAGGGGAACGGGAGGGCAACGUCGUUCGUGUGGUUGACGGGCCCCGGACUGUACUCGGGUAGCUUCAGCUUUGGAAGUCAGAACGUCGGCGACAGCAUCAUCUUCGACUACAAGCUGAUCCCCUACUCCAACAAAGUCCCCUCUCCUCCCAUCGGGAUCCUCUGCUCGGAGUUCCACUGGUUCAUCCUCUUCGGAGAUAGGCUGCAGAUCAUCAACCAGCUGACGCAGGAGCUGGCGUGGGAGUACCAGUUCACCUCGCGCCAGAUCUACGGGGACAUGAAGGGGAUGGUGCAGGACGGGGCUUCAGGGAGGAUAUGGGUAUACGCGGACUACAUGGUGAACGAAGUGAUGAUCACCGGGGAAGAUCAGAACAUCUGGCGCUGCUACUUGCAGAAGGGACAGUACGACACUGCCCUGCAGUACUGCCAGAACCUGGAGCAGAGGGAGAAGGUGCUGACGGCGCAGGCGGACCACUACUUCAACGAGCGGCAGUGGGAGCUCGCGGCGUCCAUCUACGCCAAGACGAGGAGGAGCUUCGAAGAGAUCUGCUUGAAGUUCAUCAACCUGGAGGAGAAGGACGCGCUCAAGCGGUACCUCUCGGACAAGCUGGACCAUAUGAAGACCACAGACAAGGCGCAGCUGACCAUGAUCUGCACUUGGCUGUGCGAGAAAUACCUGGACAAGCUCAACACUGUCAAGGAGCAGGGGUCGGCUGAGGACUACGGGCUCCAGCUCGACGAAUUUCGCCACUUCCUGCAAGACAACGUGGCGAACUUGGACCCGAUCACGACGUACCAGCUCAUCCUCAACCACGGGAGGCUCGACGUCAUGCUCUACUACGCUGAGCUGAACGGGGACCACGAACGAGUCAUCUCGCACUACAUGCAGAGGAGAGAGUGGACCAAGGCGCUGGAGGCACUGAGUAAGAGCAACGAUGCCUCCCUCUACUACCUCCACUCCCCUUCCCUCAUGCAGCACUCGCCCGUCGGCACCACCAACGCCUGGAUCAACGCCACCCGCUCGGACCCUCUUUUCCUCGACCCUCGCCGCCUCAUCCCGGCCCUCAUGCGCUAUGACCCCAAGAACAACCCCCCCGGACACAAGGCCAACCAGGGGCUGCGCUUCCUCCAGCACUGCGUGAGAAACCUCAAGGUCUCUGACCCGACGGUGGUGAACUACCUCGUCAGCCUUCUGGCUCAGGAGGAGGACGAGGGUGCGAUGCUGAGCUUCCUGGCGGAGUACGGCGGGGAGGGAGGAAUCAUCGACCUACAGCAUGCGAUGCGGGCGUGUCAAACGUCGGGGAAGCAGGAAGCUUGCGUCAACAUCCUGUCGAGCCUGGGACAGUUCGAGCAGGCGGUCGACCUGGCGAUCGAGCUGCAGGACAUCGAGCUGGCCAAGAUCAACGCAGACAAAGUGGAGGGUGACGACGAUCUGCGGAAGAGGCUGUGGCUGAGGAUAGCGAGGUAUGUGAUCGAGGAGGAGAAGGACGUGAAGAAGGCCAUGGAGUUCAUCAACCAGACGGAUAUCCUGCGGAUCGAGGACGUGUUGCCUUUCUUUCCCGACUUCACCCUCAUCGACGACUUCAAGGAGGCGAUCUGCGCGUCGCUGGAGGACUACCACAGGCACAUCGAGGAGCUCAAGAGGGGGAUGGAGGAGGCGACGAAGAGCUCGGAGCUGAUCCGCAAGGACAUCAACGACCUCCGAGGACGCUUCGGGUUCGUGGAGAGCAACCAGAAGUGCUGCUUCUGCAGGACGCCGGUCCUCGCGUCUGCGCUGUUCCUCUUCCCCUGCCAGCACGCGUUCCACAUCUCGUGCCAGGAGGAGUGGAUGAUGCGGGAGAUGCUGGGGGAGAGCGACAGGAGGAGGGUGGUGGAGCUGAAGGCUGCCAUUGCGGCCGGACAGAAGCAGGGAAGGGAGACAACUAGUGAUACAGGAGGUCUCGAGAGACUUCAGGCGGAGCUGGAUGACUUGCUGGCUGCCGAUUGCCCUCUCUGUGGAGGCCCAGCGAUCGAGAUGAUUUCUCGUCCGUUCCCCGUCUAUGGGGAUGGACCAGCCGCCUUCGAGUUGCCCAGCAUGCUAGCCUAGCCUGAAGACGUAGACCAGCAGUAGUAGGAGGAAGAGGAAAAGGAGGAGGAGGAGGAGGAGGAGGAGGAGGAUCUAGGAGGAAGGAUGUGCUGGAGGUAGGUAAAUCCUUAGAGCUUC